CUGUUCCAGCAGCGACAGCGGCUCCAGCAGCAGCGGCGGCGGCGGCGGCGGCGACAGCGCACGGCUCCGGCUGGGAAGGCGCCCGGCGCCCAUGCCUCCGGCCCAGCGCCUCGGCUGUCCUGACCUGGCCGCGACCUCCCUCCGCGCGCCCCGCCGCCCGGGCCUCUGGGGGGUUCCCCAACCGCGGCCCAACUCCGCCACACCCCCUCCCCCGGCCUCCGCAGCUCGUCAUGGGCGCGGGGGCGCUCGCCCUGGGCGCCUCCGAGCCCUGCAACCUGUCAACCGCCGCGCCGCUCCCCGACGGCGCGGCCACGGCGGCGCGGCUGCUAGUGCCCGCGCUGCCGCCCGCCUCGCUGCUGACCCCCGCCAGCGAGGGAACCGCGCCGCUGUCGCAGCAGUGGACGGCCGGCAUGGGCCUGCUGAUGGCGCUCAUCGUGCUGCUCAUCGUGGCGGGCAACGUGCUCGUGAUCGUGUCCAUCGCCAAGACGCCGCGGCUGCAGACGCUCACCAACCUCUUCAUCAUGUCCCUGGCCAGCGCUGACCUGGUCAUGGGGCUGCUGGUGGUGCCGUUCGGGGCCACCAUCGUGGUGUGGGGCCGCUGGGAGUACGGCUCCUUCUUCUGCGAGCUCUGGACCUCGGUGGACGUGCUGUGCGUGACGGCCAGCAUCGAGACCCUGUGUGUCAUCGCCCUGGACCGCUAUCUCGCCAUCACAUCGCCCUUCCGCUACCAGAGCCUGCUGACCCGCGCGCGGGCGCGGGCCCUCGUGUGCACCGUGUGGGCCAUCUCGGCCCUGGUGUCCUUCCUGCCCAUCCUCAUGCACUGGUGGCGGGCUGAGGGCGACGAGGCGCGCCGCUGCUACAACGACCCCAAGUGCUGCGAUUUCGUCACCAACCGGGCCUACGCCAUAGCCUCGUCCGUCGUCUCCUUCUACGUGCCCCUGUGCAUCAUGGCCUUCGUGUACUUGCGGGUGUUCCGCGAGGCCCAGAAGCAGGUGAAGAAGAUCGACAGCUGCGAGCGCCGCUUCCUCAGCGGCCCCACGCGGCCGCCCUCGCCCUCGCCCGCGUCCUCGCCCGCGCCCCCGCUCCCGACCGCCGCCGCCUCCCCGGUGGCCAACGGGCGCGCCAGCAAGCGGCGCCCCUCGCGCCUCGUGGCCCUUCGCGAGCAGAAGGCGCUCAAGACGCUGGGCAUCAUCAUGGGCGUGUUCACGCUCUGCUGGCUGCCCUUCUUCCUGGCCAACGUGGUGAAGGCCUUCCACCGCGACCUGGUGCCCGACAGCCUCUUCGUCUUCUUCAACUGGCUGGGCUACGCCAACUCGGCCUUCAACCCCAUCAUCUACUGCCGCAGCCCCGACUUCCGCAAGGCCUUCCAGCGCCUGCUCUGCUGCGCGCGCCGGGCCGCCCGCGGGAGCCACGCGGCCGCCGGGGACCCGCCGCGCGCCUCGGGCUGCCUGGCGGUGGCCCGGCCGUCGCCGUCGCCCGGGGCCGGCUCAGACGACGACGACGACGACGUCGGGACCUCGCCGCCCGCGCGCCUGCUGGAGCCCUGGGCCGACUACAACGGUGGGGCGGCGGCCGACAGCGACUCGAGCCCGGACGAGCCGAGCCGCCCGGGCUGUGCCUCGGAAUCCAAGGUGUAGGGCCGGGCGCCCUCCGCGCCUCCCCGCCUCCCCGCCUCCCCAGCCCGGGCGCAGGCUCUGCGCCCCGGGAGGAAGAGAACCCGGGCGUCCCUGAAUGGCUUCCUGGGGGAAGAGGAGAUCUGUGUUUACUCAAGACCGAAAGCAGGUGAAUUCGAAGCCCGCAAACCUCGUCUGCAUCGUCCAAGGCAAACAGAAAAGCCACAGACAGUGUUGCACAGAAAGGAAGGUUUGGGGAGGGGUGGGAGAGCGGCUUGCUGAUUUUUGUUGGGUUCUUUUUUCUCUUUGUGGUCCGGCCUUAUUUUGUGGGUGCGUGUGAUACGUCUUUAGAUCUUUUUUUUCUCCCAGGUGGUUUUUUAACACUCUCUGCGAUGACCGGGAAGGAAAGGGAGAAGCGUUAGGAGAUAAGUCUCUGACUUGGCUUCUAUCCCGUUCUCGGGAACAGGAGCGGUCAACCGGAGAAAGAGGAGAGGAUGACAGUUGAUGAGGACGUGUUUCCUUUGCCUUCCGUUGAAAUUUCAUUUGAAUUGCUGAGUAAUGAUUUCUCCUGUUCUUAAAGCAGAGGGAAAGGAUGGAUGCAAAAAUCGCGUUUCAGGAAAUUUUAAGCUAUUCUUGGAACAAGCCUCACCUUGCUUUCCUUUUGUAGGGCAAGCCGGCUGUCCCCGAGAGCCUCGGUGGUCAGGCCGAGGGGUUCCUACCUCACACUGUGCACAUUGCACAGCAAGAUAGAAAGACUUGUUUAUAUUAAACAGCUUAUUUAUGUAUCAAUAUUAGUUGGAAGGACCAGGCGCUGAGCCUCUGUGACGUGUGACUCUGUCCGUUGAAGACAGGACAGAAAAAGAAAAGAAGAAGAGGAAACAGUUCAGAUUACUGCACAUGUGGGUAAAAACGAAAAACAGAACAAAACAAAAAGGCGUGAUUCAAAGUGGCAUUUUUGCACAGUAUUAGGAACUGUAAAGUCCGCUGAAGAUGUUACUUGCACAAAAAGAAAUUGAAUAUUUUUUAACGGGGGUGGGGUGAGGUAGGGGCAGAUCUUAAAAACUAAAAUAACACUCAAAGUCUGCUUCUGUUGUCUAUUAUGUUACUGAGCUAAUGAUUUAUUGGAAAAAUACCUUUUUAUACUCUUUUAUCAUGGUACUGUAACUGUAUCCAUAUUAUAAAUAUAAUUAUCUUCAGGAGUUUUUUAUUAUUUUUUUAUGUCCAAGGGCCCACGUGAAUCUGCUAGUAAUGUUUAGCACUUGUGUGUAGAUACUAUUUCCUCUCUGUGUCUUGCCAAGUAUUUAUACUCUGGUGCAACUAACUACUAUGUGAGGAAUUGAUCCAUGUGCAAUAAAUACCAAUAAAGCACAAAAAGGAUUAUGUACUGUGUGUCUGUAAGGGCUCAGUGAUAAUGGAAAAGACAGUUUGUUUUGUUCAAAAUAUAGGCUGGAUUUCCCAUAGAGCUCUUUUAAUAGCUUUUCAUGACUCAAUAGCAUAGCAAAAUGCCUCUAGACCAAAUAAGGCGUGCACCUACUGAGAGCUGCAUGCUUGCCCUAAAUUUUCACAGCCAGAUUCAGAGUAUUCUAGACUACUUGUAGGUGUUUUCAAGAUCCCAUCUGCCGUACUUGCCUUAAGAAGUAAUAUUUGGGAUUGUGCAUCUUCUAAGAAAAAAUGAUUGAGUCAGGUAACUCAGCUGCAACUUUGCACAGAAAUGCAGGAAAGAAGACUAAGUCGUGGACCCGGCAUUGCCUACUUGGAAUUCGCCCCAGGAGCCGAUCCAGAGAAAUGCAGCCCAGAGAAGCCGACCCAGGUUUCUGAGUGCAUGAUGCUGACAGCCUGGCCAAUGACGGAAGGUUCUGCCCCCUUGCAG